UGCCUCGUUACCCACAGGGCUCUGUUUCCGGUUCUGCCUCGGUACCCACAAGGCACCGCGCAAGACGGAAGUGACGCAGGCGGAAGCGGAAAUGGAGCCUCCCACAGCGGAGGAGCUGCGGCUGCGGCUCCAGGAGCGGCUCCAGGCCGAGCACGUGGAGGUGCAGGACUCCCCCCAGCUGUGCCAGGGCAGCUUCCGCGUCUUCGUCGUCUCCGGAAUUUUCCGCGGCCUCAAAACCCUCCAGAGACACCGGCUCGUUAACGAGGCGCUGAAGGAGGAGCUGGGCCGGAUCCACGCCCUGGAGCAGCGAACCCUCACCCCCGAGCAGUGGGAGGCGGAGCGUGGCUCAUUAGCAUAAAUCUGCAUACCCAACCCUCCCAGCUCUGCUUCACUCACAUGGAUUUGCAUAAAUUAACGCAGCCUGGCUCUGAUUGGUUGAGGCCACGCGCCCUUCAGAGCCUUCAAUGGAAGAAGAAGGGGGAGGUGUUGCUCUCAUUUGCAUAAGUUUGCAUAAAAGGCAAUAAACAUUCCUCAUUUGCA